AUGAUUAGGAAAAUCGCAGGUAUCACUGAAUCGUACUACUUUCAUGUUUGUGGUCUCAUCUACAUGUUCGUCUCGUUAGCGAUCGUAUGCGAUGAAUUCUUUGUGCCAUCGUUGGCUGUGCUCACCGAAAAGCUUGCCAUCUCCGACGAUGUUGCCGGAGCAACGUUCAUGGCCGCUGGAGGAUCAGCUCCCGAGUUCUUCACUUCAGUUAUCGGAGUGUUCAUCGCGCAGAAUAACGUCGGAAUCGGCACGAUCGUUGGUGAGUCCAAACGGGUCCCAGUGGGACCCCGAUAG